AUGACGACCGAGCGAGACACGCCAAAGCCAGGUCUCAGGAGACGGCUGAAGAGCGCCAUUCUCGACUCGAUGACGACCGAGCGAGACGCCGAAGCCAGGUCUCAUGAAGAGCGCAUAUCUCGACUCGGUGACGAUCAAGCGAGACACGCCGAAGCCAGAUCUGAGGAGACGGCUGAACAGCGCGAGUCUCGACUCGACAGCAGUCGAAUGAGGACUGAAGCCUCACGAAGAGCGGAAACUGGUGUAGCACAUCCAGUACGGCUCGAACGUAAUCGUGCUUGGCAUGUCCACACUCGACAGACAUCCAGGCGAGUAGAUCUUCACCUCGCGGCACUCAACUACGAUGCCCAGGUAGACUACUUGACCCAUCCGAAGACCAAACCUCCUGGCAUGUGCUGCUCCAGCGGCAAGGUCGAUCUUCCGCCUCUACGUGAGCCGCCUGAGCCGCUUCGUUCAUACAUGUCCGGCACCAGUGCUGUGUCCAGGCAUUUCUUGCAGAACAUCGAGAAGUACACUGCGUGCUUCCAGAUGACGUCGUUUGGCACUGCAGUUGCCACGCCAGACGUUGAGGAACAGGGCUUCAUGCCAACGUUUAAGGUGGAGGGACAGGUCUAUCAUAGAGUUGGAUCCCUGCUUCCUAAUGGCAAUGAUAGCCCCAAGUUCUUGCAGCUGUACUUCGUCUGCGACGAGCAGCUGCAAGCGGAUCAACGUUGCGGCAUCAUCGGUGGCACAAGGCCGGAGUCGUGCUAG